CCGAAAAUAGACAGAAACUAAGAGAGAGACUAUUUAAGACUAACCAUCACUCAGUGGAGUGUAGCUUGAAGAUUCUAUUUUAUCUUUAUUUGUAUGAAACUUGUCAUCGGCUAAUCAUGGCAUUUCUGAUGUACCUGAUUGUACUGACAACAGCCGUCAUCGCCCAGGUGACAGCUAGCUGCCCGGCAGUAUGUGAGUGCCCUGCAGAGCCUCGGGUUUGCCCUCCUGGAGUUAGUGCCGUGCCAGACGGAUGUGGGUGCUGCAAGGUGUGUGCUGCGCAGCUUAACCAAGAUUGCAGCCCCACAAGGCCUUGCGACCACCACAAAGGGCUGGAGUGUAAUUAUGGCAAUGAUGUGACCAUGGCCUGGGGCAUCUGUCGAGCAAAAUCAGAGGGUCGUACAUGCGAGUACAGCGGCAGGAUCUACCAGAAUGGCGAGAGCUUCCGUGCCGGCUGCAAACACCAGUGUACCUGCAUCGAUGGCGCUGUCGGCUGCGCUCCUCUUUGUAACAACAAGCUGCCACCGGCCUCGUCAUCCUGCCCCUACCCACGACUGGUCAGGAUACCCGGGCAGUGCUGCUUCAGUGUGGACUGCCAUAAAGGCACCUGGCGCCUCCCACCCAAGCAUCAGAUGCCUUCAUCACCACAACACCAGCCCCGACCUCAGGACCAUCCCACCCUGACAGAAAAUGAGCUGCUCAUGGCCAAUGAGCUCACAGAUGUCAAGUCCAGCGGCUGGGAGAGGGAACAGGGCUACAAACACCUGCCUGUGUGGAACCACUUGAAGGACAAGAAAUGUCCAGUCCAGACCACUGACUGGUCACAGUGCUCCCGCAGCUGUGGAAUGGGCAUUUCUUCUCGCAUCACCAACAAAAACCCUCAGUGCAAGCUGGAGAGGGAGACGAGAAUCUGCACCGUACGGCUGUGCCACGGCCUGACUGUUCCAGCCAAGAGAGGGAAAAAGUGCACACCGGCCCAGAAAGCCCUAGAGCCCAUCCGCCUGUCCUACGGAGAAUGUGUGAGCGUCCGCCUCUACCGGCCCAACUUCUGUGGUGUGUGCACGGAUGGACGGUGCUGCUCACCACGCCGCACACGCACAGUACCCGUGACCUUCGUCUGCCCGGACGGUGAUCGCUUCCAGAAGUCAGCCAUGUUCAUCCAGUCAUGCAAAUGCAGUGAUGACUGUGGCCACCUCAAUGAAGUAGCACUGCCUCCACAGCACUGGAUGUACGGAGACACACACAAAUUCAUAGACUAGUACUGUGGAGGGGUUAAUUUUGUUUUGUUUUGAUUUUUAAUGUGAUGAGGUCAACUUUCUCGAUGAAGGAAGACGCUUCAAGACGAGGGGCCAUUUUUCUUAUCUGGCUCCAAGUGAGUGAAGACCACAGGCAGGAAGGGCAGCCUUGAUUUUAUUCACAGUAAUAAAGGCAACCCUUAUAGUAAUGUGUGUGACUGGAGCAGAUUGUA